GAGCUGUGGUUUUGGGUUCUCAGCUUGUCUCUUUGCAUCUUCACUAUAGUUGGAAAUAGAUUUGUCAUCUUCCUCGUCUGCAGAAAACGUCAGCUUCACACCGAAACCAACACAUUCAUUGUAUCCUUAGCAGUGGCUGAUUUUGCUGUGGGAAUGAUUGCUGCUCCUUCGCAUUUUCUCUGUAACAUGAUAAAUGAGUGCAUCUCCGAUAAAAAAGCAAGUUUAUUUGUGAUACAAGUAUGGGUGUUCAUACUUUACGCUUCUGGAACAAACUUGUCUAGCUUAGUUCUGGAACGCUAUAUCGCCGUCGUGAAACCGUUAAAAUACUUAACUUUUAUGAGGAGCCGCCGAGUCAUUCAGAUGGUUCUUACAUCUUGGGCAAUUCCUUUUCUUUUCGCUAUUGUUCUAUUAGCGAUGAUAUUAAAUUCAUUCCAUCGUCUCAGCGCUUAUUUCCAUCUCUUAUUCGAAGUAAUCUUGUGUGUGAUUUUUAUCUUUUGCGUUGCAUCCAUGUAUCUCGUCGUUUACAAGAACUCUAAAAAUCGCAUUUUACCCAAGCAAAUGCAGUUAAAUGAACGGUUCGCUAAAGUUAACAUCGAUAUGUGGUCUUAACUCUUGGAAAUUUAGGUCAAAUAAACCCCACAUUCUUACAUCGUUUUUUUUUAAUACUUAUUUUAUGGGGAUAAAUUUAUGUAUCAUAGAUAGAUCAACAUCCGAACAUGAUAAGGUUCAACAAGACCGGUAUUGUAAAAAAAAAAACAAAACAAAAAAACAACUCAGGCAUCAACUGAAAUAGUUCUUGCUUACGAACAGGGGCUGGGUAUUAAAUCAACGACGCCUCCUGAAGAGAAUGCUUUUACAUUCUUGCCUUAUGUCCCUUUUGAAGAAAGCAUAAGCUAUAGGAUUUCAUCCAAAGCUAAUCUGUGCACUGAUGACCCAUUAAAACGGAAAAACUACAACUGAUAAGUAUUCUGUAACACAACAGAAACACGCGCGUUACCAACGCUACUCUUUUUCUAAUGCUGACAUAUUCCGAGUUUUACCACUAGCGACCCGUUCAUUGAACUACAACUGCUUAAUUAAAAAGUGAUCUCAAGAAUUCUGCUAGUAAACAACACGAAACAUGGAUGAAAGACAAAAUAUUAAAGUUAUGUCUUGAAAAGCAAAUAAAAAAUAGCCGGUGAUAGUCCUGAUAUGAUCAGUUUAGUUGAAUCCAAUCGAUCGCAGCGAUACAGUCAAAGAAAAAAGAAAAGCAAUUUCCUAAGAGGUAAGAAAUAUUUGAAUGACUCGGCGGCGCUUCAUAAAAGUCAAGUAUUUCAAAGGUUUCACGACGGCGACAUAGCGUUCUAAUUCUAAAAUAAACAAGUUUGUUCCAGAAUCAUAAAUGAAGAACACCCACAGACUUAUUGUAAGUAAUAUUGCUUUUUCAUCGGAGAUGCGCUUAUUUUCCAUUUUACAAAGAAAUGGUGACGCAACAGCAAUCAUCCCGACACAAAAAUCAGCCACUGUUAAAGACACGAUGAAUGUGUUGGUUUUGGUGCGAAGCUGACGUUUACUGCAGGCGAGGAAGAUGACAAACCCAUUUUCAGCCAUCUUUAGGGUGCAAAGGAACCAGCCGAGAACCUAAAACCACGUUUCCAUUUAUUUAUUUAUUUUUUUUAAGAAUGGCUGUCUAGGAUUUUACAAUUGCUUUCAUUUUUUAGAGCAGGGAGAGUUUUCAAAUUUUAUAAAAAGGAAAAAUUGUGUACAUAUGUGUUUUAUAAAACCAUCUGGUCUCAUCGGGCUACACUUUGUGUAAACGUUAGUUACGUCAUAGCCAUUGUUAUGUAAAGUCACGUUUAAAGCAGCAAACAUCAAUCAUUCUUUAAAAAAAUUUGUUAGACACAUAGUUUGAUGCUACACUGGUUUGCAGAUUUAAUGAAUGUAACCGAAGAAGUUACAAUUCAUAGACCCAACGUUUCGACACUCCUGUCUAGUGCCUUCAUCGGGGGUGAUCUAAACGCUGCAACAAGAGGUCCUUUUAUAUGAUCACUAAUUAGCGGCCUUUUGUCUGACGAGGUGUAAAUAGGCGUCAUGAAGCAAACCGCCAUCGUCACGAAAAAAAAAAAAAACGACAAUACUAUAAGAUUGAAAAGAAAAUGGAUUCCCCAAGAUAUAAGAACCAUUUGAUUGACUAGGUGGCGCUUCAUAUAAGUUAAGUAUUUCAAAGGUUUCACGACGACGAUAUAUCGUUCCGAUACUAAAGUAAUCAAGUUUGUUCCAGAGGCGUCAUGUAUGAAAACCCAUAUAUAUGUUACAAUCAAAUUUGAUUUUUUAACGGAGCUGUUCUCAUUCAUCACUUCGCAAAGAAAUUCUGAGGGAAUCAUCCCAUAAAAAAAAUCAGCCACCACUAAAGACACGAUGAAUGUAUUGCUUUUCGUGCGAAGCUGACGUUUGUUGCAGACGAGGAAGAUGACAAAUCCAUUUCUAGUCAUCGUUAGGAUACAGAGGAACUAGCUGAAAACCCAAAACCAAGUUUCCAUUUAAGUUCUUUUCGGUGGCUGUUCGGGACUCUUCAAUUGUCUUCUUGUUUAGAGGGGAGAGGACUUUGAAAAACUUUCAGAAGGAACGUUAUAUUUACAAAGGGGUCUUAAAAAACCUUCUGGCCCCUUCUACCAUUUGUGUGAAAGCUAAUUAUGUAAAUAGCUUUUGUUACGUAUCCUAAUACAUUUUUAUCAGAUGCUUUAAUGCCUGUUUUGCAAAAGCACCGACCAACAAAAUUGGAUAAUUCUUCCUGAAUUAAUUUUAUUUUCUCCCUAUCACUUAAUAAGUUUAACCUUGCCUUACAUGAAAUAUUACAAAAAGGUUCUGUUUUGAGAAUAUCAGUAUCGCAAGCAAGAACUGAAUUGAUCAGAAUUAGACACCUAUUUCAAAAAUUAUUUCCAUUGAAGGUAACUUCAAAAUCACGAUUUUCAUUACAAAGUUCCUUUACAAGUUAUUUACUUUGGCAUAAACCUUAUAGCUUAUGUCCUCUUUAAAAGAGACAUAAAGCAAGAAAGUAAAAGGCUCUUUUUCAAAAGGUGUCUCUUAUUAUUCCUCAAAGCAGUUCUCAGGCAAAAAAACUUCAGUUGAUGAAUUAAGUUAUCACCUCCCCUUAGAUCUCGACGAUGUCCAGAUCUAUUGAUAAGCCUCUAUAAGUCACUAAGAGAUCGCAUGGAAAGCCCUCGACACUGUAGUAACGUCGGUAUAAAACAGAAUUUUAGCCUUUAACCUUGUUGUAUUUUGAUCGAUAAUUUAUCUUCCAUGAACCUACAAAAUAACUGCCAUUCAAUAUGCAUGACCACCUGUACUUACUCCAAUUUAACUUCCCUAUUUCCUUUAUUACUGAAAUGAAAAAGCAACCUCACACAGUUAUUUUUUUAAGUUUUCUUGGCAUGUCUUCGAGGUAGGUUUUAAUUUCCGCCAGCGCGUUUAGCAAACAACUUUGAAGACAAAACUUUGAAACGGCAUUUGACUUAUAUACAUAACAACUUCUCCAUGAGUCAGUUUUUUCUUUUCUUUUUCUUUUUCUUUUCUUUUUGGAGGGGGUGGAGCUAUCUUUGAUGGUAAAUUCGGAAACAAAUCUCUCCUUUGUGUAAUUUUUGAAUCAUGCCGCAAAUGACAAUGGUAUAACAUUUCUAAGCUUUUCCAUUCUACAGAAACUUUUAAGGAAAUGCUCUGAACUAACUGUGAAUUGACCAGUAUAAACAUCAUGUAAAUUAUUGAAACUAUGACAAUGAAAUUUUGAAAGGCGAGUUGUUUCGGGAAAUUUGACGCCGUUAAAGUUUCUUGAUAAGUGUUCGUGACAGGUUUUUUGGCUCUGUUGGCGCGUUGGGCAAACAACUUGAUGACAACGUGAGAUAUAAUUGCUCCAGUUCAAACAGGAAGAUGGAUAAAAUUUUACUUUACGAUACACACCUGCUGUUUUAGCUUCAAAUAGAUCUUUACCGACAAAAUCCUUCGCAGUUAGGUUAGGAGGUUAUUUUAAAAGAUUAUCUGGUGGUAACGUAAUUCCAAUGAGAUUGAAUUAAUCAAUAUAUUGCUGGUGUCGACUUCUUUUUUCCAUGGAAAGCCCUCGACACUGAAGAAAGGUCGGCAUAAAACAAAAUUUUAGCUUUUAACCUUUUUGUAUUUUGAUCAAUAAUUUAUUUUCGAGAGCCUACAAAAUAAUUUUCUAUUCAAUAUGCAUGACCACCUGUAUUUGCUCCUAUUUGACUGCCCUACUUCCUCUAUCACUGAACUGAAAAAGCAACCUCUCACAGUUAUUUUUUAUGUUUUCUUGGUGUGUCUUCGUGACAGGUUUUAAUUUCCGCCAGUCCGUUUAGCAAACAACUUUUCAAUGAAAAUGGCAACAAUGGUUUUUUUUUUAAGGGAAAGAUGGUAAUGAAAAAAAUAUGAAAUAUAUUUGAAAACCUCAGUCACUGCAAGGUUGCCAGGUUUCGAUUUCUCGGUUGGCUCUUGGAGUAGACAUCCUAGGGUUAAGUUGGUCGAUUUAAAAUGUAAUCAUUGGAAAAAUUGAUAAUUAAAAAGAUGUCAAAUUUAAUAAUUAUCUCGCUCACCGAAGGGUCUUUUUGGCUCCGUGCUAGGGGGGGAAAUCGGAGCGCGAAAUCCGAGGGUCUGAAGUUCGCUUCAUCAUGGGGACUCAGAAUUUCUUUUUUGUCCCACGCUCGUGACGAGACGGAAAACAUCUCCAUGAAAUUAUCGUUAUUCGAAUCAUUUGUUUUCGACAGGGAAAUACGAAGCCAUUUUUCAUCAAUUCACAUCUUAUUUGCAUCAUUGUGCAAUACUAAUAUCCUCGAAAUAGGACUCUGCUGUAACGUAGAGUGCCGAUUCUUUCUUUCUUUCCUCAAAUUUUGUUUUGUUGGUCUAGAUGUCAAGGAUAGUACACAUGAGAUGAUGAAGUAAAACAUUCCUGUUUUGUCGUCAAUCUCUGAUUGGUCCAUACUUCUCGCGAACCAUUAAACGGGCACAAUGUAUGACAAAAAUGUUAAAGAGUGAUGGAUGCUUGCAGCCUUGAAUGCAACUUGAUUAAACAAAGUCUGUUGUCUUAAUUGGCUUUAUAGGCAAACUUAUAAAUGAAGCCGAAUGGUAUUAAAUAAAACUUCACAAAUUUACAUUCUCAAAACUCUCUUCACCCAACUGAAGGAAACAAUUGAAAAGUUCAAGACAGCCGUCAAGACGAAACUUAAUGGAAACGUGGUUUUGGGUUCUCGCUUGGUUCCUCUCAAUCCUCACGAUGGCUGGAAAUGGUUUUAUCAUCCUCCUCGUCUGCUAUAAACGUCAGCUUCGUACCAAGACCAACACAUUAAUUGUGUCUUUAGCAGUGGCCGACUUUUGUGUUGGGAUGAUAGCUGUUCCUUCCCGCUUUCUCUGCGACAUGGUAAAUAAGUGCAUCACCAGUAAAACAGCAAUCUUCAUUGGGAUUUAUGUCAGAGUAUUUUUAGUGUACGCAUCUGGGUCAAACCUAUAUAGUUUAGCACUUGAACGCUACAUCACCGUGGCGAAACCGUUGAAAUACUUGACUUUUAUGACGAGCCGCCGAGUCAUUCAGAUGGUUCUUACAUCGUGGGCAAUUCCUUUUCUUUUGGCUGUUAUUCUAUUAUCGAUGACAUUAAAUUCAUUCCAUCGUCUCAGCGCUUAUUUCCAUCUGUUUUUCGAAGUAAUCUUGUGUGUGAUUUUUAUCUUUUGCGUUGCAUCUAUGUUUCUUGUUGUUUACAAGAACUCUAAAAAUCGCAUUUCACCCAAGCAAAUGCAGUUAAACAAA